AUGCAUGAUGUUGUGAGGAGAAACGGCGAUGGGCGAGAGGUUUUGCACAGGGAAUCGGCGUUGCAGCUCAUCAAAUCAUGCCGCACCCUCGCAGCUGCCAGGGAAAUUCAUGCUCGGAUCCGCCACUUGCUCGAUCCGUGCGACGUCUUCCUCCUCAACACCAUCAUGCAGAUGUCUGGGAGGUGUGGCAGCGCUCGCGACGCCCAUCGCCUCUUCCUUGCAAUGCCUUCGAGAAACUGUUUCUCGUGGGAGCUCAUGCUGUUUGCAUUUACCGCGAAUGGGGAAUUGGGCUAUGCAAGAGACUUCUUUGAAUCCAUGCCUGAUGUCUCUAGUGUUUCAAUGACGGCUCUUCUUAGUGUCUAUGCCAAGCACGGAAAUAUUGAUUACGCUAAGUUGAUAUUUGACAAGAUACCAGAAAAGGAUUUAAUUGCAUGGUCUACCAUGGUUGGGGCAUUUGCCACUUGUGGGCAUCUGCAGCAGGCAAAGCAGGCGUUUUGUUCUAUGCCUCUGCGUGAUCUCGUCUCCUGGACGUACUUGCUCGAAGGUUAUGGAAGAUCCAGUGAGACAUAUUGUGAAGCAAAAGAUUUUUUUUGCUCAAUGCCCGAGCACGAUCUCGUCGCCUGGACGAGCAUGCUCGGCGUUUGUGCCGCAAAUGGGCAUUUGCAUGAAGCUCAGAGCGUGUUCGAAGCAAUCAAAAAUAAAGAUAUUGUUUGCUACACCGUGAUCUUGUCUGCUUACGCUCAAGCAAGCGAUCUGGAAGAAGCCGAGAGAAUGUUCCAAAAUUUGAUGCCCGAGCACAGCAUUGUUUCUUGGACUGCAAUGCUUACAGCAUAUGCCCAGAACGGGGAUAUUCUGCGAGCCACGCGUUUGUACGAGAGAAUGCAUGAGCACGACGUGGUAUCUGGUACUUGCAUGGUGGCCGCAUAUUCCCAGGCUGGGCAUCUGGAACUUGCCAAGCAUGAGUUUGAUACCAUGCACGAGAGGAAUAUUGUUACGUGGAAUGCUUUGCUGGGCGGUUUUGUGCUAAGCGGGUGUUUAGACGACGCGAAGAGGAUUUUUGAUCGGAUGGCAAUGUGGGAUGCCGUGGCCUGUACGGCCAUGGUAACGGCAUAUUCUCAUGCGGCCAAGCUCACCGAAGCCGAGAUUCUCUUUUAUUCUGCCAAAGACCGCAGCAUGAUUUUGUGGAACUCGAUGCUGUCGGCGCACACCCAAAACUCGCCAUUGCAAAGGGCAGUUGCGUUUUUCAAUGAAAUGCCGGAGUGUGAUCUGGUCUCUUGGAAUGUUAUUUUUGCGGCAUUUGCCCGUCACGGAGAUCUGGAAGAUCACAAACUUCUGCUCCAACUUUUCCACGAGAUGGGAUCAACGCUUGCUCCGGACGAGAUCUCCUUCACUUGCGUGCUCGUCGCGAGCGCUCACUUGGGCGGCCUGUGCUCGGCAAGAGCCCGAUUCUGGUCAAUGGUCCUGGACUUUUGGUUGACCCCGUCAAAGCAGCACUAUUGCUGCGUCGCCAGCUUGCUUGGGCGAUCUGGGCAUUUGGAACAGGUGGAAGAGCUGCUGGCCACCAUGCCAUUUGUGCCGGAUGCUGUGGAUUGGAGGAGCUUGCUAUGGUCAUGCAAACUUUACAAGAAAUUUGGACAAGGAACUCGCGCUGGAGCCAUGGCUUUUUAUCUGGAGCCUAAAAAUCCCGAGUAUACCCCGGAAAGCCCCCAGAAAGCCGAAGAUGGCGAGAUCAUCAUUUAUCGAAGCUGUAAGAGACUUCUGCAUGAUCAUGGACAGGAGUACCCCGGAAAGCCCAUGAUGGCGGCCAGGAAAGCUGGAUCUUCACUAGUCGAAGCUGUCAAAGACUUCAACAGUCGUGAUCCUGGUCCCGAGAGCCGAGAGCACGCGAUCGAUCGCCCAGAAGAUGGCGAGAUCAUCACCGCAAACAAGCCACAGAUGGUGAGGCGAAGAAAAUAUAUUUCCCCUGUCUGGAUCCCUCUCUCCCUCUCUCCUUUCACUUGCUUGGCUGCUUCAAUCCGGAUUUCUUCGUUUGAUCUCAUCUAUCCAGUUCUUCCGCUUGUGAAUUGCCAAUCUUGGAGUGGAGGACAAUGCGUUUCUCGAGUAGCAGCAGCAACGGUCUCGCUCAUCAUGGCUUUUAGCUUUGAUUCGUCGGCAUCAAGCCCGGAAGAGGUGACUUCCAAGCUCCACACGACUCCACAGUUGAUUCACACGCUCAUCCACCAAUGCCCCGUGCUUGUCAUCUGUGCAAGCUCUUGCUGCGUGAGCCUGGUUGUGAGGGAGCUCUUCUCCAAGCUGGGAGUUUGUCCCACUUUGUUUGAUAUCGAUACUGACUGCGAGGAUGGAGUAGAGGUAGAAAGAGUUUUAGCGAACUUAGCAGGGAGUAAACAGCCGAUACCUCUGAUUUUUGUUGGGGGAAAGCUCGUCGGAGGACUGGAUCGAUUGAUGGCUGAUCACAUCAGUGGCAGGCUCCUCCGCCAGCUGAGCGAGGCCAACGCUUUCUAA